UGUUAAAAAGCAUCGGGGAGAGGAUUGCGCCCUCCGGCACUCCACACACCAAAGAGUGGCGCAACGACAAAUAAGGUUCCAUUAAAAUUGGUGCGUUGUUUCUUCACUGUUUUAUAUCUGCACCAGUAACUUUUCAUAAUUUGAACCUCCAUGAAGCUCUCCAGAGGCAAGACCAGCUUGGAGGGAAACGUCCGUUGGAGCAAAGCAUUCCAUUGUCGUUUCUCAUUGGUUGCCCCGGCCAUUUCCCUGCCCAUUAUGACAUCAAUAACUGCCAUGGGCACUUGAUCUCAACCGCCACCUUGUCUGGUUCAGUUGCUGGCAGUCCUUGGCUCAAGUCAGUAAUGUCCAGACCACAUCUUCAGUUGCGUUGACCACCAAACCUUUCUACACUCAUUUUCCUUUCAUCUGUUGGCUUACUAUGGAUUUGAAACAGUGAGACUUUUAAGGGUGGAAAACACCUCUUUAGCCACUGUCCCAGCGCUUCCUGCUAAACGAAUCGGAGAAUGUUUUGGACACAGUCGUUGCAAGAGCUUAGCAGCUGGGAAGACUCAGUGUCGGCGCCCAAAAAUGCAGAUUCACCAAGCUCAGACUCCUCCCAGACAACAUUUAGUUCUGGAGCUUCUGAGGGAGACAUGAGGGCUGCCAUGCGCUUCAUGCGCCAGUUUCUCCGCAAAAGCCACCAGGAAUUACCUGAGAAGGUCAAGUUCCUGGACUGCAUAGACCACAUCAGCGCAAACCUUGACAGCAGUAAGGUGGGCUACGUUGGUCAACGUCACUACAACCCGGCCCUGAUAAGGGAAACUCUCCUGUUCCUUCUUCCUGAAACGGGAUCCCCGUUGGUCGAGGAGCGGGUCAUGGCCUUGUCCAGAAUCACCAAGCUGGUCUGCUGGAUCACGUCCCAUUGCACACCCGAAGGAAUGAAGGACUUCAAGAUGGGGAAGCUGGCGGGGCACCUGGCGCUUUGCAGCAAGGACUCCAGCGAGAGCGUGUGCCACUGGGCGGCCGACGCACUCCACCGCCUGUACACCCUGAUCCUGCACCAGAAGAGCCUGAUGAAGCCUGAGAACGACCCAGAAUUUAUGGAGCUUAUGCAGGACUGGAAAGAGGAAAAGAUCUUCUGGCUGGCCUGGUUCUCUGACAUCAGCACCACCACCAUGGUAAACCUUUUUCACCAGCUCCAACGUGUGUCUUCUUCACACCUGAAAUUCAAAAAUGCCUGCCAUGCCGAGGAGCAGAUGGACUUCCUCCUAGCAGCCAUCAAGGGCAUGAGGGACGACAACCUUUACCACACGAAGGCUGCCAUCCUGGAUGCUGAAAGCCAUGCUGAGGAUCCCCAAGCCCCGUUUUCAUCAAGUCACCUCUUCCCACCUAUUUUCCCCCCGCAGGUGCCCAAAACCACCAGGUUCAUGUAUUUCAGUCUGGGCACAUUGGAGACCCGCAGGCCCGCCUGGAAGUUUUCAGGUUCCUCUUGCUUUCUGGGUAAGAAGCCGCCCUCAGGAUUGUGGUGA